AGUGAAAGUAAAACUCAGCAGCUCCAUUUUGUGUCGAGGGGAAAAUAAACCAUUUCAGGAGUAAAAACACAGUGAGUAUCUAAAUGUAAAGCUAUAAUAUAUAAACACACUGAAGUGACACUAGAUGCAGAAGAGUUUUGUGGGUUUGUACUGAAGGUUUAAUGUACACAGGUUGUUUUAGGACUUGAUACCGUGACUAUUUCCUGUAAGUGAACUCUGUGCUGAUACAGGGUUUGAUUUAACACACCGAUGUUGGAGUGAAGUAAACGUGUGUCCUGCUGUAAUCUGGAGAAGGAGACAUGACCUCCAACAUGAGUGUGUCUGGAAAACAGGACUUAAAGAAAGACGAGAGAGUGAUGGAGGGAAAGAGAUCAGACUCACCAGAACCCAGCUGUGUGUCCAUGAAGAGUGACCGGUCAAUGGAUCCUCCAAAUAUCUUCAGAGACAGAGACAGUUCUACUGAUGUGAGACCACAAAAGAAGAAAUCAAACAGCAGCAGAAAUCAGUUGGAGUCCAUAUUCAAGGAGCUGGAACACAAAGUCAUCACUCUGAUAAAGAAUGAGCUGAAGAGGUUUAGGAAGCUCCUGAGUCCAGAUUACCCAGCAUGCACUGAGAGGGAGAUGGAGGAUGAGGAGGAUCUGCACAGUGUCAGAGAGGGAGCGCUGAAGAUCACACUGCACGUCCUGAAGAACAUGAACCACACAGAUCUCGCUAAUACACUGCACACCAAGUCUGUGGCCUCUGUGUAUCACUCAAAGUUGAAAUCCAACCUGAGAAAGAAGUGUAAAAGAAUUAAUGAAGGAAUCUCACAGCAUGGAAGCUCAGCACUUCUGAAUGAGAUCUACACAGAGGCUUGUGUGAUAUUUGGACAGAAGGAUCCUUUAAUUGAAGCCCUAUGUCGAUGGCCCCAAGUCCAGCAGAAGCUGUAGGUUUGUAUAAAAGCUCCCGGUUCGUUACUUCCCUGUUAUUGCCCCAGAUAAAGCCAACGCAAAGCUUGUUUCAUUUCAUUCCGCAUUUAUUGUCGGGAGGGAAAAUGGCAGCUAAAAACAUCAGUUUACAUCAUAUGAAGGUCUUGCUUAUUUGAAUCCUAGUUUUCUAAUUCAGCAGCUUUCCAAUGAUGGAUUUCAGUCUUAAUCUCCGCGACCACUCAUUUUGCUGCUCAGAUCUGGUUUAAGAACAACUCCGAAAUAACAAGCGCUACUCUCUCCGUGAUAGAGCAACACAGCCGCUCUGUGAUUGGCUGAGACCGUUGUGGCAGAAGAACCAAUCACAAACACGCCCUCAAACUCCAGCGUCCGCCCACCGUUCUAUUCUACUCUACACCCCUCCCACCCCCGUUUGUGACGCUGCCUCUGUGUGUGUGUGUGUGUGUGUGUGUGUGUGUGUGUGUGAGAGAGAGAGAGAGAGAGAGAGAGAGAAAUCGCAUGAAAACAGACAGAAGGGAAAAUAGACAUACAAACGCACAAACAAAACUAUAAACAGCGAUAUAGAGAAAUAUAAAUUCUUACUAGUUUGCCCAUAUGUUCAUGUUAUUCCUACAGCCUCUGUCACCGUUUUGGGAUCAGGAAUGAGGUUUUAGAAAGACGAUCAGGAAUCAAAUCCACUAAAAUCAUCAUCAGCCAUCAGAGCAUCAUGUUAUAUAAGGCCUCUGGGUGGAGUUGAAGGAGAGCCGUGUCAGUGCUCUUGCUGUAUUUGUGCUGUGUGUAGUAUUUGAAACGGAGCCGCUUUGAAACGUGCACUUCCUAAACCUGGCCACACGAUGGCAGUCAAGAUCCAUCUACAACAACACACAGCGCUGUUUGAGGCCUCGUGUGGCCAAACCCAGGAACUGCAAUUUCCCACAAUCACUAUUCUGUUAUGAAGUAUUUUAUGGCAGUGUUUAUAAGUCUACACUUGUAGUAGUUAGCCAAGAGAGGGGGAAGAAAUAUUAGAGAAAUAUUAGUGAAUGCUCCCGCCUCCUCUCCUCCCUUUUUCCCUUUAUGAUAAUUAUUUAAUGUAAUAAUGGAUAUAUUGCCUUUAUCUCUGUAAAUCUAUAAUUUCUAAAACAGCUCCAUUUAACUCCACACUGUACUGCUAACCUGCCUACACUUAUUAACCACAUCACAUCACAAAUGUUUUCAGAAAUAUCUUUCGUGUUUAUGUUUGUAAUUCACUGCUCACUGUCAGUUAUUGUAAGAUGUUUAUGUUUAAAAUAACCCCUAUGUUCAUGUUCGUAUUUUCUUAUAAAUACUUUUAUAUUUGUUUUUUUGAAAAUAUCCCACAUUUCAGUGCUUGAUCUCAUUAAAACCUUUAAGUGUUUA